UCCUUACGAUCAAGCUAUAGUCCACCAUCAAGAUAUAAAUUAUCAAACAAUAUAAUUCAAACAGAAUAUGCACGAAUAUUAGUAGAAAUGGUUGAUCGAAUUAGUGAAAUGUCUGAUUUAACUCUUUCACUUGACGGAUGGACGGAUGUAUCUAAUAACUCUAUAUAUGCUUUCCUUUUACAUAAAUUUGGAAAUAUUAAUGAAAUUAUUAAUAUAGAAGAAUUUUCUAGUAUUCGGCAUACAGCAAGUAAUUUACUUGUUGCAAUAAUAAACUCAUUGCAAAAUGUCUCUAUAGAUUUUAGUAAGAUUAUCGCUAUAGUUACUGAUAAUCCUUCGGUUAUGAUACGGCUUCGAAAGGAUAUUUCAGAAAAAUAUCAAUAUGUUAUUG